AUGUUCUUCACGCUGAUCCUGUCCUCAGAUCUCGACAAAGUGCAGCCUUUUAUCAUCUUCAACACCCCGAUGCCGCGCAAGAGCGUCAAUACCCUCCCGAGCUCGCCUAAUGCCACGGACACGGGCAACGCAAUGAUCCUCGCGGCGUCGCCUUUCCAAGCUCAUGAUGCGUGGACAUGGCAUCAAUGUACCCUAGUAUCGGCUAAGCCCGAUGCUGUAGGGACCAGAAUUCACUUUUUGACGUCGGCUUUCGAACCUGCAGAAUGCCUCAAACCCCACCAAUUAAGUGGCAAUGAUCGUGCGCUCGACGUCGACCAUCACGACGCGAAAGCAAGGACCGGCGUCUACGAAAUUUUGCGGUCAUCAUACAGCGCUCAAGUCGCGAUAGGCCCCUCAUCCACCUCAAAUCACCGUCUCGAACCGCCUCCGAUCGGCAAUGUAUCAGCUCCAUCGCAGAAUCUCCUAGAAUUAUCGAGGGCAGACGUCCAUGAAGGGCAACUUCCCAUCGCGCUCAACACCUUCACGUUCCGGUAUGCUCUCGCUGCGCCUCUCGUGGGCUGA